CGUAGAUGUAGAGGCGAUUCAUACACACACGCACACGGCGCGUGACAGUGUGUUAGCGCCGCGUCUGACGGGAGUUUGGAGCGGGACAAUACGGAGGUUGGAGGGGGUUAAAGGUCUCAGCUGCUCCUCCUACUGAAGUGAAGGCGCCAGAGCUCAGAGGAACCAGGUUCACUCACUCACUCACAUCCACAGAGAAACGAGCCAAAGAGCGGCCCCGUUUGUGACGAACAGGCGGGAAAGACUUUUACACAACAUCCACCUUUUAUUUCGUCUCCUUCUUCCUUCUCCUUCUUGUGGAUACGAGUGAACUUCAAGGACACAACAGUCUUGAGGUUUGCUCUGAAGUCUUGACGUCGAGCCCUCAGAGUAUAAUGCGAGGAAAAUGGGAAGAAGACGCAGAACAGAAGUCUGUUGCUCCCGAGGCGGCCCAAGAAAACACCGUACGACCGAGGAAGAGGAAGGCAGAUGUUGCCAUUUAUUUACAGGAUGUGGAUGAGGAGGUCGCAGAGAUGACGAGGAAGAAGCAGCGCGACUGUGAGCAGGUCUGGAGUCCUGGUGCUGGCUGCAGAAGUCCACACCGGUGGAUCCCCACGCCCGACCAGGAGGAGGACCAGCCCGUGACUCUGAUCAACGCGGGCGGCUUCCCUCUCUACAACUUCAGCAACGUGUUUGCGACGCCCGUGCACUGCGCCCCACUUCCUGCACUGUGCUGGGCCAGUAAGGACGUGGUGUGGAGCAACAUGCUGGCCAAGGAUAAGACCUACACCAGAGACGUCCACGUGAUGGACAAACAUCCGCACCUGCAGCCAAAGAUGAGGGCGAUUCUCCUGGACUGGCUCAUGGAGGUGUGUGAAGUGUACAAACUGCACAGAGAGACGUAUCACCUGGCUCAGGACUACUUUGACCGCUUCAUGGCCACACAGAGAAACGUCUUCAAGUCCACGCUGCAGCUCAUCGGCAUCACGUGUCUCUUCAUCGCUGCGAAAGUGGAGGAAAUGUAUCCUCCCAAAGUCCAUCAGUUUGCCUACGUUACUGAUGAAGCCUGCACUGAAGACGAGAUUCUCAGCAUGGAAAUCAUCAUUAUGAAGGAGCUGCAGUGGAGUCUCAGUCCACAGACGCCCGUCUCCUGGCUCAACGUUUACAUGCAGGUGGCUUAUCUGAAGGAGACGGACGACCUGCUCAUCCCCAGAUACCCACAGGCCACGUUCACUCAGAUCGCUGAGUUGUUGGAUCUGUGCAUGUUGGACGUGCGGUCGCUGGAGUUCUCCAACGGCGUCCUCGCCGCCGCCGCUCUGUUCCACUUCUCUUCUCUGGAGCUGGUGGAAAAUGUGUCAGCUCUGAAGAGGGCGGAGUUGGAGGAGUGCGUGCGGUGGAUGGUGCCGUUCGCCAUGGCGCUGAGGGAGAUCGGCGGUCUGCCGAUGAAGACGUUCGCGGGGAUCCCCGCGGACGACAUGCACAACAUCCAGGUGCACGCCCCCUACCUGUCAUGGAUGGAGAAGGCGUCCUCGUACCAGGAGGCGGAGCUUGAGCGACACAGCAGCUGUGCGGUGCCGUCAGGCGUGCUGACUCCGCCCCUGAGCAUCGAGAAGAGCGAGGAGCUGGCCGGCGCCCCAUUGCCCAAAGUCCUGCCCAGGAUGCAGACGGCGGCGUCUCCACGGCAACCGUCUCCGGAGCGGCGAGACGACCACUGAGAGACGCCAGAAACCCGGAUUAGAUUUGAACACCAGAGCUGUGACUUUGUUUUUUGUUUAAUUUUUUUAAUACGGUGGAGGAACAAAGCGAUGCCGACGACCUGGAUCCAGGUGUUUUUUGUUUGUUUUUUUUAAAUGAGGGGGGCGGGGCUUAAACACACUGAUGCAGCGACAAUCAGUGAACACAUGUUUUUUUGACGAGCCCGUUCAGACACGACGACGACGACGGCGGCGGCUGCUUGCAUUAAAGAGAUCGUUCAAGUGUGGUUGUGUGAGACACUGACAGAAGCGGUGCUGUGAGCGCCCCCCUGUGGCGAGGAACCGGCCUGACGUGCGUGAAAACACCGAGUUUGUCACUUUGUGAACCGCUCGCUCUCCAGCGCCAAAUCCCAUAGAGAAAACUGUCGAUUUAACAUCGCGGCGCACAGGAGUUGUCGGUCCACGUCCGCUUCCAUCGGGAAGUUUACGCGCGUUAUUUUGCGGCUUCGGUGUUUGAAAUCCUUUCUUCAGAUUUACCUCAGUGACACGAUCUCACCACAGGGGGGCAGCAGAGGACGUGCAGCUCCUGUGUCACUGCGAGCUAAAAUCGCUGAUUUUCUCUGUGGACUUUGGUUUGGCAGAGUCACCGGUGAACAAAGUCUGAGUUUUUUUCUUUUGGAGGAGUGAGAUGAGAUGUUGACGGUCAGCAGGGGGCGCUCACAGCUCUGAAGCUGAAUUAUCUCUCGUCUCCUUCCAGUCACAUCUACUUUUAAUGGUCUUCAGGUUUGUUUUCUAUGACGAGGCCAAAUUUUCUUUGACAUUAGUGUGUGUGUGUGUGUGUGUGAGUGUGUUUUUUUUAAUUCUCUUAUUGGCCUCAUUUGCCCAGGAACUCUUCUUAGGGCCAUGUUUGGCUCUGUGCUGCUAUAACGAGGGCUUUGCAUAUUGGAACAGGGGACACAGUGUGAAUGUGAGAGUGUGUGAGUGCGUUUUAUCUUUUUCUUUUUUUUU